UAGAUGUCGGAUAACGAGGCCAUCUCCACUGCCUGAAACUCAAAUUUCAAUUGUUGAGGUCGCAAAAUAGUGCUUCUCGUCGUUUCUCCGGCAGCUCUCAGAUGCAAAGAUCUUUUAUUGAGAGGUAGAGGAAGAAGGGCACAAUUUUCUUCUUUAAGCAAGGAACAGUUCCUACCGUUUGGCAGAAAUGGUGCAGGAUAUGUCAAUACACGCUCUGGCAGCCUUGGGAGAUCCCAAGGUUUAUGGAUCAACUCUUCCAUGGAGGAAGAAUUUCAAGCAGACAAGUAAACCCCAAUUAAAUUCUACACAUUGCUUUCGGCAUCAAUACUUGCGAAGCUUUUCCUUAACUAGCCAACCCAAUAGAUUGAGACGAGGAAAUUUCAAGUUUAAAGCUGGAUGGUUGUUUAAAGGGGGUGGACAAGGGUUGGGUGCUCGCAUAGAGCGCAGCGAGAAUGCUAACAAUGAUAUUUUAAUCUUCUUUUUUCAGCUGGACCUGGCAACACGAGUACAGUACGCAUUGAACAUCGAGCAGUAUGAAAUUGCACAGCAAUUGAGAACAAAGCUAACCGAGGUUGAAGAAGAAAUCAUCAAGCAGCAAGAAUCAAAAAGUGGAUUAACUUCGAAGAGUGAAGUACAAGACAAAGGUUUAAAUAUCAUUCGUCUACGUGCAGACUUGCAGAAUGCUAUUGAAAGUGAAAAUUAUGCUCUGGCUGCACAACUGCGAGAUAAAAUUUCCAAACUGGAAACUGAGUCUCUAGCUGCGUCUGCAACAGUUCUGGCUUAUGAAAAUGCUGAAUAUAGCUUUAGAUUGGGACAGAAAGUGAGGCACAAAAUUUUUGGAUACAGGGGUGUGGUUUGUGGAAUGGAUCCUGUGUGCUGUGAAUCAAGUUCCUGGAUGGAGAUAGCACAAGUUGAAAAAUUGUCUCGAGGUUCUAAUCAGCCAUUUUAUCAGGUUUUAGUGGAUGUCCGUACAGAACCUGAUUUGCUGGUCGCAUAUGUUCCCGAGGAAAAUCUUCUUGCUCCUGAAGAACCAGAUAUGGAGAGGUUUGAUCAUCCUUAUAAUUCCUUCUUAUUCUAUGGAGUGGAUGCAGCCGGGGAUUUCAUUCCUAUAAAGCAACUACGGGAGAAGUAUAAUCGGCCUCGACAUGAAGUUCCCUCCGAUCCUCAAGACGACGAGCAACGCGGUGAUGAUUGAUCGAUCGCUUCCAUCCAAAGUGGUUUGUUCAUCUUGUUUCUUCCCUUUCUCCUUUACCGCUUUUCCUUUCUUUCCUGCCUUUGUGUUGUUAGGUUUCCACAUUCUUUGAUUUUCAGAAGAUUUAAAACUUGAUAAUCUGAAUUAUGGUUGUACAUGUUAUACUUUUACAGUAAUUAUCAAUAGGAACUAAUUAAGUAUCUUAUGAUAUA